GCCUGGAGUUAUAAACAACGGUGUGAAGAGCAUUACAUUCCGAUAGGUCAAGCAAAUUCCUAAUGAGUGCCAGCAGGAGAUUAAGAACAAACCCACCGAAUGUUGGAUCCGACCCAGAUGAGUCGGGAAUUCUCAACGAGCGGAUUCUCCUCCUAGUCUUUGAGUCCAUAAAAUGGGACCUGCACUCUCUCUGCGCGACGGCCUCCGUUAACCGCAAGCUUCGUGCUAUAGCCAAACGGUUGUUAUGGCGAGAACUGUGUGUUUAUCGCGCCCCGCGCAUGUUAGCUACAUUGACAAACGGUGCUCCUAAUGCUCCCUUCGCCGAUAGUUGGCAAACGCUUGCGAAGCUUAUGUUUUAUUGUUGCGGAUGUGAGUCAACUCCGAACUUCAAAGUGAGUCAAGCUUCAGCAGGUCACUUCGUUAAAACUUCUCGGUUUUCCAAAACAUCGGGUCGGAGCUUUCUAACGAAGAAAUGUCGGGACGAUUUGCUCUACGUGAGUGAUCCGUGUGAGCAUCCGACAGGGGAUAAUGAAGACGAUUUGGGAAUUUACAGAGGGGUAUUUCAGGGAUUUAUGAAAUCAAGAACGAGAGCGUGCUUAAUCGGACGGCGGGUAGAGCUAGAGACGAAAGUUAGAUGUCCAUACUGCGGGUUUCGAGUGUGGAGUAUGACUUCAGCUCAGCUGGUGCCGAAAAGCGCGUCUAGGCGGCUUGGCUCGCGCGAAGGUGGGUUGGAGUAUUUUGUAUGUUUAAACGGCCACUUGUAUGGGACUUGUUGGCUUGUGCCGCUGUCUUCCGAUGAAGAUAAUCGUGCUGGUGCUGGUGCUGGUGCUGGUGCAGUUGCAGAUGCAUGCGCAGAUGACGAUGACGACGACGGCGAGGAAAACGAUUUCAGCGAUGAUCUUGACGAUGAUGUUCACAGCAGUGACGACUUUGAUGAAAAUAAUCAGACGGUAACGGAGGGUAGUUGGAGCUCCAUAGGUGAAGAGGCAAGGGCCCACUAAUUGAUCGAAUUCGCGGCUCACUGCCAUAUUGGUUGUGGGGCCUGCUGCGACUCUAUUAACGGUGAUUACUCCUUUCAAAUGCUAACAUGAUUUUGCUUUUAUUUUUAUUUUUUUUUUCUAAGAAAAAGCGAAGGAAGUCAUUAUUUCCUCGAGAUUAUGGAUGUGAAAUUCUUAUCCUUUGCAUUGUUGAGGUUAUGUAAUUUUGACUUUGUAUUAGAUUGCUUCUAUCUUUUUAUUC